GAAUUUGAAUGAAUCCGAAUUAAUCGAAUUAUAUCGCGCGCUUGUUGCAUUAUUUUACAACUCUUAAUUAACUGAAUUUAUUGUUUUAUAUAAAUAAAAACAAUGAAUACAAUGAUAUCGAGUGCACGCACUGCUAGACUGGCCCGAGAAGUAAAACUAUUCCAAACAAAACCGCCAUGGGGCGUGAGCUGCCACCCGGAGAAAGAAGAUCAGUGUGAUGUGUUACUGGUAAAAAUGCUUGGACCCAAGGGUUCUCCGUACGAAAACGGCUCGUUCAAGCUCACUAUAACCAUUCCAGAGAAGUAUCCAUUCGAGCCGCCCAUCGUCAAAUUCAUAACACCAGUCUACCAUCCGAAUAUUGAUAAAGGGGGCCGUAUCUGCAUGGAUAUGUUGAAAAUGCCUCCCAAAGGAGCAUGGCUGCCUACAAUCACACUAGAAUAUCUACUCAUAUCUAUACAGGCAUUACUUGCUAACCCGAACCCUGAUGACCCACUGAUGCUGGAUGUCGCUAAUGAAUAUAAAUAUGAUGUUGAUAAAUUUAUGGAAAAUGCAAGGUUACAUACAGAUAAAUAUGCAGUAGAGUUGUAAUAUUAAUUCUAGUCUUACAUGUCAUUUUAA